AUGGCGCAAAAAGCAGUCAAGACGCUGGCCGCAGCCAACACGAAGCGCCUGAACACCACGCUCGCCUUCACCCUCGGCAUCCACCUCGUCUUCUGGCUCUUCCGCGCCCUCGUCUUCCGCUCCAGCUUCACCCGCAAGUCGCUUCUGCUCUACCUCGCCCUCGCCUCCCCGCAGCUCUUCAUCAACUUCCUCUUCGAGAAGCAAUCGCGCCCCGUCAAUGCCCCCGACGGCUCCAUCAAGCGCGCCGGCGAGGACCUCGAGGCCAAGGGCCUGACCGAGUAUCUGUGGGACGUCACCUACUGGACGUAUGGCGUCCUCGUCCUCGUCACCUUUCUCGGCGACUGGGCCUGGAUUUUCUGGGGCAUCAUCCCUGUGUACAGUGUCUGGCUGGCGUGGUCGACCUACUCUGGCAUGAGGGGCGGGUACCAGGAUGCUGCAGGCGUGCCGCAGCCCGGAGCCGCAACGAGCAAGAGGCAGGCCAAGCUGGAGAAGAGGGGCGGCCAGAAAGUGCAGUACCGCUGA